UCUGUCUCUCCAGCCUCCCCCCGCUCUGGUCGAGGUGCAUUGUGGGGAGGAAAGUCGUUGCCAUUCGACCUCUGCGGGGCCUGCGCGGACGCAGCGAGAACCCUGAAAUUCAUUAUGCGUUUAAAACCUUUAUUUAUUUCCGCAUAACCUACAUACUCUCACCGGGAGGGCCAGGCAGGGGAAAGAAACGACGGCGGGCCAUCUCUUUCGGGGAAAGACAUCGCUUUUAAAUUCACUGUUUAUUCGCUGGAGGGUAGACACUGUUGGGAAAGUGAAGAUAGUAAUAUUUAUAAAGAAAAAAUGUCCGGUGAGAGAAAUCGCAGGUCUCUGGCUUUCCGAGGAGGUGGAUCAGCUGGGUUAACGGGCUCCAGCGGCAUCGGCGGGGGGAACUGUAACAGCUGGGAGGCCCCGGCCUGUCAAGACCGACAUUUUAACGGGAAUAGGCCGGAUCAAGAGGAGGACAGGGAUCUGGGGGCGAAGGGACCGUCGCAGAAGAGAGUGGAGGGCGCUGGGUCUGUCAGCGACAGCACGGAGCCCGAGGCGGAGGAGGAAGAGGACCCGGAAGGGGGCAGCUUUGCAGCCGGGGACGGGGACGAUCGUGCGGGCUCGGUUGAAGGAGACGACGGGUGUAGGGAGGGGAAUAGCUGGACAGCGGGGAACGGUCCCACCAGCAACACUGAAGAAGGACAAGAGUGUCGGGGCGUUGCGAAGGGAGGCGAAACUGGUUCCAGGAAAUCUGGGGUAGAGAUGAGACCGCAGACCCUGCUUCAGAAACACUCACGGUUCCACGCUUCGUGGCUGCAAGAAUUCCCAUGGCUCAAAUUCUGCCAAGAGACGGGACUCAUGUCUUGUUCUUGGUGCCACAACAUUGCCACUAAAAACAGCGACGAGCUCGUCAAAGGGAGCCGAAACUACAAGCGGGCCUUGCUGCUGAGACAUCACCUGUCUUCCGAGCACGGUAGAAAUGACCCCACCAAACAGGAGACUGUGAGACCAUCGGACAACACCAGCCCCUCCACUAAUUGCUCAGAGGACGACUACCGCAACAAGCCCAAUGAAAACUCCUACUGUUACCAGCUACUACAAGAGUUGGACAAACAGCGCAAAAGUGGCAUCCUCUGUGAUGUGAACAUAGUUGUCUCAGGCCAGGUGUUCCGCGCGCACAAGAACAUCCUGGUGGCGGGCAGCCGCUACUUCAAAACUCUUUACUGUCUGACCAAGAGCGAGGCGCAGGACCAAGCCACUGUCACACACCUUGAUGUUGCUGCCGUGCAGGGCUUCUCGGUCAUCCUCGACUUUCUCUACUCCGGAAAUUUGCUGCUCACAAGCCAAAAUGCCAUUGAGGUGAUGACCGUUGCGAGUUACCUCCAAAUGACGGAGGUCGUACAGUCGUGCAGGGCUUUCAUAAAAGACGCCCUGAAUAUCAGCAUUAAGCAAGAGGCUCCUGAUUCGGUGGUGGUGGACUACAACAAGAGGCAGACGGUGGCCAAGGAGGGACAGAGAGGGCUGGACCGUAAACCAAGCAACUUUUGGGCCACGAGUAUCCUGUCCAAGCUGUCAAUCAAGGCAAGCGGCAACCAAGGAAAGGAUGCAAUUGAAGAAGACGAUGUUAAUGGCAGGGUAAAGGAGGAAACCAGUGACAUAGAGGUGACAGCGGCCGGGGUUGAGGGCUGUGCCCUUGUGACCCCUGGGGCGUCUGGUAACUGGACCCACCACAAUGAAACCUCAUCUGACUCAGCAGAGACCAAUGACAUGCGGGCGGCAAGCGGCCAGACGCAGGUCUUCGUCUGGAACGAGCCGGUCGCGGGGGGCACCGCGGCAGCGCCUGCCGCAAUAAAGCGAGAGGCGACGGACGCUGCCGCGGGAAGCGGGCGGCGAAAAAAGCAGACCACCACAAGGCGAUUCGUCUACAACUUCCAGCCAGAGCCCGAAGAAGGAUUCGAUGAAGGGAUGUUCAUCCAGCCGUCGGCCUCCUAUCCCAGAGAGGACUUCUCCUCACUCUCAGAAAAUGCUGAGCUGGCCAAUCAGAUCCAGUAUAGCAUCAUGCAAGACUUACAGCAAGGGGAGUCCUGGGAGAAUGGCGAGGCCUCACACCUAGCCCUCAAUAAGCUCAAGUGCCCCCACUGUAACUACAUCGCCAAGCACCGCCGCACACUCAAGAGGCACCUGAUCAUCCACUCAGGUGUGCGCUCCUUCAGCUGCGACAUCUGCGGCAAGCUGUUCACCCGCCGCGAGCACGUAAAGAGACAUUCCCUGGUGCACAAGAAAGACAAAAAAUACAAAUGCAUGGUUUGCAAGAAGAUCUUCAUGCUCGCCGCCAGCGUCGGCAUCCGUCACGGUUCGCGGCGCUACGGCGUGUGCGCCGACUGCGCCGAUUCUCACCAAGCCACUCAGGAGGGCCUGGAGGGCAUGGAGUUUCCUCGCGACGACGACUUCGACGGCGAGGAAGCGGAGGGGGAGGAGGGGGAGGAGCCCACCGACAACGACCAAUCAAACUGGGGCGAGUGCAACGCCGCCGCCGCUCCAGACGAGGACUAAGAAAUCUAAACAAGCUUGAGAAACAAAUCUGAAAAAAAGAAGAAAAAAAGGUUGAUGUUUAAUAUAUAUAUGUACACAAAACCUAGCUGGUAAACAAUCAACUCCAAAGUGCUAUCAAACCUCGAGGUUACUUAAUUGUGCAAGUACACAACAAAGAGAUGAUUUUUUUGUUGUUUUUUUUUAAAAGUCUUGUUAGUAUGGGAACUCCAAUAUGUACAGAUUUUAUUAUUAUAAUGUGUCCAACUCUGGGGCCCAGCGCCUAUAAGAGAAUGAUUCUAAUGAUGAAUUAUAUGAUGAAUCAGGUUUUUGGUGAUGUAUUUUUAUUUCCUGUUUGUUUUUUCGGGGGUGCAAGUUGGGUGGGGUGUUGUAAUUUUCUUUUUUAUUUUUUUGAGUUGAGGUAGGCCAAUCAUCUAAACAAAGAAAUGUUAAUUAUUUAAUUUA